GAAAAUAUGAGAAGAUUAUUUCUGAAUCUAUAAAAAUUUUCAAGGUGCUAUUGAAAAUAACGUUGCUAACUAGUAACCCAUUCAAGGAACACCUAAGAAAUGAAGGACGCCGCAAAAGUGCAAUUGCACGUGUUUGGUGCUUACACAAUUUUAGCUGCUUUAGUUAUGGGUGAUAGUAAUGCAGGAACUAAUAUCGAAAAGUAUCCAGAGUUAUUUGCAAUGGACAAUUAUUAUAAAUGCAUGAAAAAUGAGAGAAAUUUAUAUUGUACUGGCAUUUUAAAAUUAAUUCCAAAGGAUCACACUUCAGAAUUUUGGAGCGAAAUAGUGAAACGAAGCCUCCAUUCCUCAAAUUUUAACAGGACCAUCGUAUAUAGGAAACUAUGUAUACCAGAAAGCUUUACAAAAAAUUACGCAUUUAAGAAAAAAUUCAUUGAAAACACCACAAAUAAUGAACUAUUAUCUCAUAACUUAAGCUCCCAAGUAUUUGAUAUACAAUGUAAGAAGGAAAUGAUCUUCGGGAUGAGUAAUAGCAGCAUAUUCGGCAUUUCAGCUAUAUACAUUGGUAUAGUAAUGAUUGCUACCUUAUACGAAGGAGUCUUUCUCAGAAAUAGAAGACCAAUAUCAAUAGACAAAUGGAUCCGUUGUUUUUCAUUGACAUCAAGUUGGAAAAAAAUUACCCAAAGCCGAAGUGAAGAUUUCGAAAAUUUACAAUGCAUGCAAGGCAUACGGACUUUCCAAACACUCAUUAUAGUUUCUGGACAUGUUAUGUUAGCGCUAACACAGAAACAUAUUCGAAACACGGGAGAAAUUGAAUACUACUCAAAAACUUUGUUAUAUCAAUGUUGGACAACAUUUUUCAUGUUAGUAAUGCAAACUUAUCUCGUUAUGUCAUCUUGGCUCUGUACUAACCAAAUUAUGGAAAUAUUUAAACAAAACCGUGAAUUUUCUUUGAGAGACGCUGUCCUACUUUUAGUUCAUAGAUGUGCUAGGUUUUGGCCAGUUCUUUUUGUAAUGAUCUUUAUUGGCAUACCAUCUAUGGAAAAUGGACCAUCCAUUUUUGAAUUAGGUAACAUGCAGCUUCAUGCUUGCUCAAAAAAUUGGUGGGCCACUUUACUAUUUGUUACUAAUUUUAUAAACCCCUACGAGGUGUGCAAUCUUGUGAUGUGGUCUUUAUCAAUUGACACCCAGUUUUACUUAUGUGCAAUAAUAUUUUUCUAUGUAAUACACAAGUACGGACUGAAUGCGGAAAUUUUUUUGGGUCUUAUGUUUUUAAUUACAUAUGCAAUUAAUGCAUGGCAAGUUCAUAUCUUUGAUCUUGGAACGAAUUCUCCUCUUUCCUUAAAACUUCUAACUCAUUUGAACUUUUUCUAUGACGGAAAAAUACCUCACAUUUACUUAGGCUUUUGGAUAAAUUCGAGUUCUAGCAUUAUCGGAAUGCUAUUUGGGUAUCGAUAUUUCUGCAGAAAAGAUUCUAAGCCUAAGGAAAAGUCACAUGAGAAAUUGUUAUACACUGCCUUCAUUGCAUUGCCUUUGUUAGCAGUCAUAAUAUCGGAAAUAGAACUUAAUAAAUUGUGGACUGUACUCCUGACACCCUUAGUUAAACCAUUAUUUGGAUAUGGAAUCGCCAUUGGUAUCUAUGGAAUGUACAGAAAUUAUAUUAAAGGUUAUUCCAAAUUACUAUGUGAGAACAAAUUUGCUGUGUUUUUGGGAAAUUUCACAUUUUGCGUAUACGUUUUCCAUUUUAUACCAGUUUUUAGUAGAAACGCCAGGAGUACAUAUACAUUAGUGUUAAAUGUGCCCGUUUUGAUACCAGCAAUAAUAAAGGAUUCCAUUAAAUCGUGGAUAAUAGGAGUGAUAGCAUGUGUAAUAUUAGAACAACCUGGAAUCGCCUUAAAAAACCUAAUUUUACCAUCCAUGAAAAAGAAGCGACAAAGCUUUAGGUAUUAUUGUAAUGAAAAUCUAAAUGAAAUUGGGAAAUAUAGAAAUCAUUAAAUAACUAUGUAUCAUAUUAUUCAAUUUUCG